CGUUAUCUGAACGUCGGGAACUGUGGAUUUGUCCGACCCUCCGUGGAGCAUCGCGACCUAACUUACCUUCUACCGGAGCAAAACGGCCGUUUUACCAUCUGGCCCAAGGAAUCAAAACAAACAAAUCAUUGCACAAACAAACCGAGACAUCACAUCGCAUCUAUAUGCAGAUAUAUACACCGGAGAUAUAUACUCGGAUGUGCGUGAGUGGAUUGGUGGGUGUGUUUUUCUUGCCUCCUGGCACCGCGUCAAAAGUCGCGCGCGGGUUCUGCGGCAGAUUUAUGUUCGCGGUAAUUGGUUGAAGCCAAAAAUCGAAUAACCAUUAAUCAAAGUGGAAAAACAAAUCGUCGAAAAUCUCAAGAGAAAAAACAUAUUAAAGAAUAUUAAAAAAUAAGUAAAUGAAAAGUGCCAUAAGUUAUGAAGUGCUAAUUAUUAAACAUAAAUUUUAAAUCACAGCUAUGAACAAUUAAAAUUCCUUUUAAGCAAUUAAAAGCGAAAUAUUUAAAUUGUCAACAAGUGUCAAAACAUAAUGCGUCAAUAUUAAUUGCGAAUUAUCAGACAAAAGAAAUGCUUUAAACAAACGACAAAGAAAAGUGCACAAUAAACGCGUGUGAGAAAAAGCAAAACAAAGAGCAGAGUGUUUCUAGAAAAGCGCCAAUAAAAAACAAUGAACUCCCCCAGGGGAAACCUCAUGAUCUUCAAAAUGUAUUGGCUAAUUCUGAUACUAAUGCCCCUCACUUGGGCCAAUGGCAGUGAUUUGAAGGGGGCACCUGUGAUGACCACAGUGGCUCCCACUCCGGGCCACCGAAAUGCCCAUCAGCAGCUGAGAUUGCAGCAAUUGCAGGAGGCGCAGCUAUUGGAGGCCCAUCAACAGCAACACCAUCAUCAUUUGCGGCACGAGCAGCAUUUGCGGGCCGAGCUGGAGGGGAAUCGUCAGCCCCCGAUCGAGAACUUUGAAGUGGCUGGAUCUGGAUCCAAGAAGGCCUUCUUCGAUGAUCCCCAAUUGCCCAUGCAGCAGCACCACUUGCGUCAUCACAAUCGUCAUCAUUUGAGCUGGGAACAGAGGGUCUUUCCCUCGCUGCGUCAUCAGCAGCAUCGAUUGGCCAUUGGAACGAGUACAGCCCGGAAUAUAAUGACCACUGAUGCACCCACUACCACAUAUCAUGGUCUGAUCUCAAAUCACUCGCGCUACUUCGAUAGGGAUGGCAUCUUUCCCGCCUGGGCCGAACCUCGAUCUACCAGAGGUCCCAACUGGCGACAGGAAGUGGAUACCAGUGAUUCCGAUGAGGACAGUGAUGAGGAUGACGACGAUGACGACUAUGAGUACGACGAAGACGCCGAUUCCAAUGGUGUCGAUGAAGAAUUGGCCCGACAAAUGCCCCGAUACUCUUUGUUCACCCAAAAGCUACCGCACAUUGACAUGAAGGAACCCGAUUACAAUGCCUACGAUCAGUCGGAUGAGUUGGAUAUAGUUUCGAAUAAUAAUAAUCAUAAUAACAACAAGCAUCCCAGCGUGGCCAAUCCGCACGACAAGUCCGCUGGCAAGCGCAAUAUAUUCGAUUGGCUGUUCAAACAAAAUAGGGAAAAAGAGGUUGUUAAAAAACCACAUACCACAACUACUUCAACGACCACCACUUCGACGACCACAACUGUAAAGCCCGUAAUACGCACUGAAAGGCCAAAAUUGCAAUUAAUAGAUGCCAAUCUGAAAAACCAUGGUGGCGAGGAGGAGGACUCAAAUGAGGAUUCGGAUUCCGAAUCGGAAGAGGGAUUCUCCAACGAACAGUGGAACAAAAUCGAGCAUGAACAUCAUCUGAAACAGCAGAAGCAUCAGAAGGAACUAUUGGCGAUGCGUGAGAAGAGCAGGAAUACCCCUCUCAUAAGAAACAUUGAGAAUGAGGAUGUGGAGAACAUUUACGCACGCAACUAUAUAGCCGGAAAGGUAACCCCGAAGAAGGAGGAGCAGUUGGGAAGCCCCGAGGCGGCGAUCAGAGCGAGACGUCUGCACGCUCAAAAGCAGAAAAGUGAGAGAGCCCUUGCCCACGCCCACAUGAACCAGGUGCUGAAGGAGGCCACCUGCCGAAUUCCCCAAAAACGCUGUCAGCUGGUCCAGCAGGAUCCCUCGAAGAUCUACACGCCCCACUGCACCAUUCUGCAUCGCUGCAGCGAGGACAGUGGUUGUUGUCCGAGCAGAAGCCAAAUAUGUGCCGCCAAGAGCACCCACAACGUUGAGCUGCAUUUCUUCGUGAAAAGCACCAAGCAUCGAAGCGUCAUCGAGAAGCGAACCUUUGUGAAUCACACCGAGUGCCAUUGCAUCGAGCGGUCGACAUACAACGAGGACACGGCCAUGGCCAACUACGGGCAGUCGGUGGUGCGGGCCACCAUACUGAGUUGCACCUGUCCGAAGAGCUUCGAGAAGAUCCUGCAGGAUGACGGACAGUGCCGGUGCGACUGCAGUUCCGGAAAUUACGACUGCGAUUGGUUGAAAAGGGGCAACGAGCACUUUGCCAUGAACGAUCGCAAGUCCAUACAGCAAGGUCGCUGCAAGCCGCCCACCUGUGAAUUCGGCCCCUACAUGGACAAACACGGUCGCUGUCCCAAGCAACACGAACAACCCGCCUAUAAUGCCAUGUCAUAAGCGAAUUAUCUCCCCGGAGAAGAGCAGAGAAAACCAGGAAAAGUAUUAUUCAGUCUGAGGCAAACUCAAAGGGAGACGAGAGGGGAAACUAGACACAUUUUCCUUUCCUGACAAGAGUAAAAGCAAAAAGUGAGACGUGAAUUUAGUUGCAUAUCCUAUACAAAACAAUACGAAAGUAAACCGAAAGGAAAUCUAUUUCUACAAUAGGAUGGGUCGAUUAUCAGGAAGGUUAAAUAUAUUAAAUUUCUGAAAAUUUUAAGUUUUAUAAAGAUAAGUCUGCUCGAAUGGCAGCUUGAACUAGCUCUAUAUAAUGAUAUUGAAUCAGAGAAUAACCAAAAUAAAGUUUUAAGUCAAAACAUAAUUUUACAAGAAUAUUGAUUACACAUUUUCUUCUCUCAAAAAAAUCGACCCAGCCUAAGAUACACAUACUAACUACGUAUUUGUAUAUCAGCUGAUUGUGCAUUAGAUGUAUUAAGACCACAACACUGUUUGUCCUCGAUCCAAUAAGCCAUUUAAAAUAGCGGCACACAAGGCAACCUUCAUUCAAGAAAAUAUAUAUCUUUAGCAAAAGGAAAUAAGACUUUUUUUGCGCAUGUUUUACUCAAUAAGAAACUGUAGCAUUGUCUAUAGACGUUUCAAUAUUCAAAACCCACAAAUAUACCAGAAAGAAUUAUGUGUAUUUUAUGCGUAUGCUAAAUGAAAUUCCAAAUAUAUAAAUUGACUGCGUUUUUAGUUUUAAUUGACUAAUGUUAUGUUAUUUAAUUAUAAUAAACACACGAAAA